AUGAGGCUCAGAAACCAGACUGUUUCCCCCUCCCUUUUUUCUUUCCCCGCCAUUGUUUUCCCCCCACCCUCCUGCCCACCACUCCCUGCUUUUCCCACAUCCCCUCCUUCCCCAGACCCACUUCCCACUCUUCUUUCUCCUAGUCCCUCCCCACCACCUACUCCCCCAACUCCCCCUUCCCCGCUUCCCCCUCCUCCUCCUCCUCCCCCUCCCCCUCCCCCUCCCCCUCCCCCGCCCAGCAGAGCAGCAGCAAGGUCGGGGUGGGAGGCCUGCAGGGCGACGAGGCGCUCCACGAUGCUGUUGUAA